ACGGGAGAGAGGCUGUGAAUGCUAACAAGUCCCGUUGUAACCGUAAAGCUGUGUAGGUAGGGUUUGAUAAAACAUCUUGCAAUGGAGAGAAACGACGACCACUAUUAAAGUCCUACUAUGCGCCAGCGCAGAUUCCGCCUUGUGCGCGUGCAGCAGCCUAACCUUCGUCGGCACGUUUGAUCAGAAAAUCCGUCUUUUUUCCGCUGAGUGAAAUGUAUCGCGACUGCUUGGGAUUCACAUUCUGACAAUGGAGAUUGAAAAUAUCGUGGCCAACACGGUUCUCCUGAAGGCAAGGGAAGGUGGAGGAGGAAAGAGGAAUGGUCGCAGCAAGAAAUGGAAGGAGAUGCUAAAACUCCCGCACAUCAGCCAGUGUGAGGAGCUGCGUCGCACCAUCGAGAGGGACUACACCAGUCUAUGUGAGAAGCAGCCAAUUGGUCGGCUGUUAUUCCGUCAGUACUGUGACACGAGGCCAGAGCUGAAGCGCUGCAUGGAAUUUUUGGAUGCUGUGGCUAUGUACCAGCUAGCUCCUGAUGAGAAGAGGAGGGACUGUGGACUGAAUGUUUUAGACACGUACUUUAAUAAUGGGUCGGCAGCCCAUCUGCCUGACAUACCCCAGGACGUUGUCGCUGGGUGCCGGGAGAGGUUGGAGCAGAGUCCGUGUAAGGAGCUCUUCAAUGACUGCACCAAAAUAGUUCGUGAUUAUCUGAGUGGAGCUCCAUUUUCCUCCUACCAGGAGUCCAUGUACUUCUCUCGCUUCCUGCAGUGGAAAUGGUUGGAGAGGCAACCAGUAACUAAAAAUACCUUCAGACAUUACAGAGUACUAGGAAAAGGUGGAUUUGGCGAGGUUUGUGCCUGCCAAGUACGUGCCACCGGUAAGAUGUACGCCUGUAAAAAGCUGGAAAAGAAACGAGUGAAGAAAAGAAAAGGUGAAGCAAUGGCACUAAACGAAAAACGCAUUUUAGAAAAAGUUAACAGUAGUUUUGUAGUUAGUCUAGCAUAUGCCUAUGAGACCAAGGAUGCGCUGUGCUUGGUGCUGACCAUAAUGAAUGGCGGUGACUUAAAGUUUCACAUAUACAACAUGGGAAACUCAGGCUUUGAUGAGCAAAGGGCCAUCUUCUACGCUGCUGAGAUUUGCUGUGGCCUUGAGGACCUGCACCGUGAGAGGAUAGUGUAUAGGGAUCUGAAACCUGAAAACAUCCUUCUGGAUGACCGUGGACAUAUCCGAAUUUCAGACCUGGGCCUUGCUGUGCAGAUCCCUGAAGGGGAGACGAUACGAGGGAGAGUGGGUACUGUUGGAUACAUGGCUCCCGAGGUGAUCCAGAACGAGAGCUACACCUUCAGUCCGGACUGGUGGGGGCUGGGCUGUCUGAUCUUUGAGAUGAUCCAGGGCCAGUCGCCCUUCCGCAAGCGCAAGGAACGUGUCAAGCGUGAGGAGGUGGACAGACGAGUGCGGGAGGACCAGGAGGAAUAUUCUGAUAAGUUCUCUGAGGAGGCGAAAGACAUCUGCAGACAGCUCCUGGCCAAGGACCCCAAGGAGAGGCUGGGCUGUCAGGGUGGCGGGGCCAUAGAAGUCAAGCAGCACCCCAUCUUCAGAAACAUCAACUUCAAACGGCUGGAGGCCAACAUGUUGGACCCUCCCUUCAUUCCAGACCCUCGAGCUGUGUACUGUAAAGACGUCCUGGACAUUGAGCAGUUCUCCACCGUAAAAGGCGUGAACCUUGACCCCACAGAUGACGACUUCUAUUCCAAGUUUGUGACAGGCAGUGUCUCCAUCCCUUGGCAGAACGAGAUGAUCGAGAUGGAGUGCUUCAAAGAAAUCAACGUUUACGAGACAGACGGGACACUGUGCCCAGACCUGGACAUGAACCGGCCUAACCCUCCACCAAAGAGAGGCUUCUUCUACCGCCUGUUCAGAAGAGAGAUCUGUUUUGAGGGCAGUUACAGCGACGACGAGACCGAAGGGCCCUCACGACUUUAAACCACUCCCUUCACCCGCACCCUUCCGCCGCAGAACUUCUCCACAAACUCCAACCGAGCGCAAAUCUUAGGAACUCAGUGAAUGUUGACCUGUAUUUAUGAGCUGUAUUAAAAGUGUAUUAUAAUUAAAGAAAAAGUAUGAGUUUAAAGAUUUUGUACAUUUGUACUUGAAUUUAUGUCUAGAUGUAUAUUUUCACUAAAGGUUGUAUUGUACAAAAAGCCAUAAAAGUACCACUUGAAUGCAUACAUUUACAUUUUUAUUUCCUUUUUAUUUUCUUUUGGAAUGAGUAUGGAUAAAGUGUGUUGGGGAGGUUGUUUUUUUGUUUGUUUGUUUUUAAGAAGCACAGUACCAGUAGUCUUUUUAUUUUCUCAAUGUAGCAUAAGGCCUUUUUGUUUUCUUGUGUGCUGUAAUUUUGUCAUUGAUUUGGCCAACGUGACAUGUUUUUAGCACAUUAGCUCUGCCUGGUUUCAAACUAACCCCAGCCUCCAUACGCCUGAAGGCUCAGGUAGUGUUUAGAUUCAAAUGAUAUGGGGUUAAAAAUGAAUCUAGUCUGUCAUUACUGUGUUGGAGCCACGCUGCUUAACUUUCCCUGUACGUUUCCGAGACUUACUGCCCCUGUGUAUUUAAGUUGAUUUAGAUAAUCCAUGCCCUUCCUACGGCCCAGUUACGCAGGUGGCACGUGUAGGCGCCUGUACCAAUCCAGUUCUAGCAGAGAUGACACGUUUACUUCGGACUCCCUUUUAGGUAGCAUGUGUAAAAGUUAAAUACUAAAAAUGGGGAAGGGCAUUUGCAGUAACAUUAAGCCUGAUCACCAUCAUUACUAGACCUCUCUAAAAAUCUUUCAUGAGCAGCAAAAAGCUCAAAACAUUAAUUUUUAGAUGCACAGUUAUUAAGUAAGUCUGUUACAUUAUUCACUCAGGCGUUUUUGGUGAUUUGUCUCUAUUCCUCAUCGUAUUUUUCUGUCCACUUGUUUUGAAUUUUUUUAACAUGCAGAAUUGAAAUCCCUUCCCCCUUUUUAUUUUUUAUUUUUUUUCUUCCUUUAAGCAAACCAGAAAGCCUCCAAGUAUUUGAGUGUUUGGAGACAUUUUGACUGAGUUGGCAGAGAGAGACAGACGGUAAUGGAGGUGAUAUUAGAAACGUAACGUAGACCUUGCCUGCAGCUGAGAGCUGCUUCUUCAAACAAACAAAAAAACUCUUGCAUCUGACCAACUUUCAGUGAUUCAGCUGUCAGCCUGCGUUGGCCUCUGAGCCAGGUUGAUUACAGAUGGCGCGAUUCUUGCUAGCUGGCCUCCAUUUAUAUCCCCUGGCCAUCGCUGUGUUUGUGAUAAAUGUAGAAUUUGUUAAUGAUAAUGCCCACCUUCAACUAUUAUAUUCACAUCCUGGAUGUUGCUCUCAGGAAUGACUUGAGACAGUUGCUUUUGUGUGUAAAAUCUGUUCACCAUUUGCUUAUUUCUGUGGCAUUUCAAGCCCAUUUUUAUAAAUUUAGCUUUUGAGGCCAUUGCUCUUAACUUCCACCUUCUGUUUUUAAUGCUGUGAAUACCCCAUCUGCACAUGUUGGUUUUAUGUGUAUAAUACCCUGUAAUCUAAAUGAUUAAUCAAUUUUUUCUACAGAAAAGCAAAGUCUGCAUUUUGUCAAUAGAGCGCUUCAGAAUCAUGUAGGAGCUUCUUGGUUCAAUUCCUAACACUUCAAGACCGUAUAUAUUUAAAAUGGCACACAUAUAGUCCCCUAUCUAAUUGCCUAAUUUGGAGAAGUGGCUUGUUCUAAGAGUUUGUCCCUUGUUGCACAUUCCAUUAUCAGGAAUCAAAUGGGUGCAUCUAGCUGUUGCUGGCUUAUCGUCAUUGAGUUUCUUAGUGUCUUUAUUUUGUUUGUUGUUGCUCUCAGGCACAUUUUGAAGCUGGUUUUGCUUGCCUAUGUAGAUUUUAGCCUUUUAGCUCUUUAGCCUCAAAAAACCUUGUAAAUUCUGUAUUUCUAACAUGUAACUAACUCACUCAUCCUCACAGGGAAACUAAACUGUGUUCACCACCCAUGCCUCUGUUGUUGUUUUGAGGAUCUUUACUCUCACACCCUCCAUAUAGCAGUGAAGAAAUUCUGUUUUUCGUUCCAUUGCACUAUGGUGUAUUUUGACAAUGACUAUGGGAAAAGUGUCUUUAACUUCUUUUUUUUUUUUUUUGCCAGUGAUACCAAAAGCAACAUAAACUAAAUUAAACUUGCUUUGUUAUCUGAAGAAUUUAGUGGAGAAAGACUGACAGCCUUUAUUAUAUGUGCCAAUAACCAAGUUAAUUUUUGACAUCCUGCCUUUUUUCAGCCUCUUUAUCCUUCCGUCCAUUCUUAGAGAAAUUCCUUUGCAUAAAGGAACUUUAAACAGCUCAACAGUUUUGAAUGUCCGCACUAAGUGCAUUGUAAUGCCUGUUUAGAAAAAUGCAUAUGUUUUAUUACUCAAGCAUGUAUCGGUUUGUAAUACUUCAGGUUCCUUGUAUAUGUAAAUUAUGACCUUCUAGUGCCAACAUAUCUCACUGGUAUCUGAGGACAUCUUUAUGAAUCACAGAACAUCCAGCUGAGUUGAGCUGGUUUGAAUUCAUAAAGCGCAUUCCUUCUCUUCUGCCUUUCCUCCAAGACUCUGAUGGUGAGUCAAGCCACCUCCUGAACACUGGGAUGGCACUCACCAGCAACGUUUAGAAGCGAGAGUUCUUUAGUUCACUUAAGUCUAGCUUUGGGAUGACCACCGACACAGGCUGGGAGGUUCUGCGGGGUUUCACGUUCUUUUGUCCAGAUUUGUCAGUUAAGAAAUAUUUUCAAGGAAGGGAGGAAUGACAGAGGGAUUAUGGGUAUUCAAACUCGGCCUGGGACUUCUUGAUUUUUCUUCUUUAUUUUGUAUCUGUACAGUCAUGUCGUUCAACCACUGCAGUCAUUGUUAAUUCUUGUACAAGUUGUAUCACUGGUUGUUGUACCAUAUCUGACAUUUGUAAUUAUGAAAUAAUACA